CCCGCCCCCCCCCCGCCUCUCGCUCUCUCUCUCUCUCAAACGUUCUGAAGCGGUUCUUGCAGCCAGCCGUCAAUGGCUUCCCAAGAAGCACAAAUCGCCUCCCUCCGCCACUACGAGCUACGUCUCCUUCGCUGCUCUCUACCCCCUCCUCCACCCCCCCAAUCCUCAUACCAACCCCGCGAUAACGAUCCUACACAUCCUACCCUCCUCAUCAUCAACGACGUAGUCACUUCAAUCGAGGCGGGAGAUUACGUCGGAGCCCUAUCCUCCGCCGCUGCACGAACCGCCUUCAAAUUCCCGUCCCUAUCAUCCCUGGAAGACUCCCCCGACCGUUUUUACUCCGAACUACUGCUUGAACGCGUCGAGUCGUUCUUGUUUGCUGACGAGUCUGGUAACGAGAUAGAUACCCUGUUCAAGGCGUUAUUGUUGAUGGCCAUUGCCGUCGCCGCCUUUCUGGCCUGCACUCAGUGUAACAUGACUGGACCUUUUGAGAAGUUCCCUACAUUGCCUAUUGGGACAUUUGAGGGCGGUGAUGGAGGCACAGGAGGUGCAGAAUGGGAAGGGUGGGCACGAAAUCAGCUUAUGGCUGCUGGGUCUGACUUGCUUGGGAAAUUCUCUAAUCUUCAGUACAUAGUUUUUGCCAAGAUCUUGCUCACGAAGUUGAAAGAUUUGUUGUCAGAAGGGAAACUUUCUUCAAUAGAUGGAAUUAGAAGCAUUUCGUGGUGGCUUGCUAGGCUCAUGCUCCUCCAACAGAGAAUGUUGGAUGAGCGGUCGUCUUCUUUGUUUGAUCUUUUGCAAGUAUAUACACUUGAGACUUUACAGUGUUUUGGUACUUCGGAGAAAGUAAAAAGUUACUGGGGUACCGAGUUACAGGAAAGGGAGGCUGCAACUAUUGUGUCAAUGCUUCAUUUGGAAGCAGGAAUGAUGGAUCAUACCUAUGGGCGAGUUGAUUCUUCUAGGAUGCAUUUUGAGUCAGCUGAACUGGAAUCGGGGCUUCAGCUUUCUGUGACUGGUUCUAUGGGUUUUCGCACGGUGCAUCAGGUUGAACCAAAGGCACAACUUCUGCUUGUUCCAAACCCAGUUUCAUCAAAUGAUGUCAUUGACCGGCCUCUAGUAAACCCAGAACUUCACCGAAAUGCACGUCAUCAUCAUGAGAUCUCUGAAGCUUCUGAUGUACUGAUGACCCCAAGAUUCAUAGAGGAGGAUAAAAGCUCUGAAAAUAGUCCAAAAGGCCCAGGAAAUGGUGUUAUUCAGGCUGCCCCACUGGAGGCAAUCCAACAGGCAGUUAUAUUGGCACAAUGUCUUUAUGUAGAGAAAAGCACUCCACAUGAUGAAAUGCAAAGGUGGGAGAUGGCGCCAUACAUAGAAGCGGUGGAUUCUCAGCUAUCCUCUCCCUUCGUAAUUAGUCAUUUUUGUGACAUCUUCCGGAUUCGAUGGGAGUCAACUCGUAACCGUACAAAGGAGCGUGCUUUGCUGAUGAUGGAGAAACUGGUCCAGGAUGUCUAUGAAUCUUCUCCUGGUGUUGUACCAAGGAUUUAUUAUUGUUUUGGAGCUUAUAUUCCUACAAUUCCUGCUCUGCGGAAAGAAUAUGGCGAGCUUUUAGUGAGUUGUGGCUUGAUAGGGGAGGCUGUUAAAGUUUUUGAGGAUCUAGAAUUGUGGGACAAUCUGAUAUAUUGCUACCGCUUGUUAGAGAAAAAAGCAGCAGCUGUAGAACUUAUUAAAAUGCGGCUGGCUGAAAUGCCUAAUGAUCCGAGGCUAUGGUGUUCAUUGGGUGACGUUACAAGUGACGAUGCCUGCUAUGAAAAAGCCCUAGAAGUGUCGGGCAACAGGUCAGCUCGAGCAAAGCGAUCUCUUGCUCGCAAUGCAUACAACAGGGGGGAAUAUGAGAAAUCUAAAAUACUAUGGGAGGCUGCCAUGGCAUUGAAUGCUUUGUACCCAGAUGGUUGGUUUGCACUUGGAGCUGCUGCCUUGAAGGCAAGGGAUGUUGUGAAGGCAAUGGAUGCGUUUACGUCAGCUGUUCAGCUUGAUCCUGAUAAUGGAGAAGCUUGGAACAAUAUAGCUUGUUUGCACAUGAUUAAGAAGAAGAACAAAGAGGCUUUCAUUGCAUUUAAAGAAGCACUGAAGUUCAAGAGGAAUAGCUGGCAGUUGUGGGAGAAUUUCAGCCAUGUUGCUGCAGAUGUUGGCAAUCUUAGUCAGGCACUGGAAGCAACGAAGAUGGUGUUGGAUAUAACUAGAAAUAAAAUAAUUGAUGCACAGUUUUUAGAGAGGAUGAUGCUGGAGAUUGAAAGGCGGGCUAUAACUAGCCAUUCUCAAUUGCAUGUUGGCACAUGCGAUGAUAAGGAUACCAACUACGAUAAGGAUACCAACCAAACUCUGUCUGUUAAUUCUUAUACCGGUUCUGCUAAUGGAUCGACUGAUCCAGAAGUUGUGCUGGUUAAAACACAAGAAACUGAUCUUUUGGUGGAGUUGCUUGGGAAAAUUUUACGACAGGUUGUUCAAAGUGGUGGAGGAUCCGAGAUUUGGGGAUUAUAUGGAAGGUGGCACAAACUUAAAGGUGAUCUCUCAAUGUGCUCUGAGGCCCUUCUAAAGCAAGUUAGGUCAUACCAGGGGUCUGAUUUGUGGAAAGACAGAGAUCGGUUUAAGAAGUUUGCACAUGCUUCAUUGGAACUUUGUAACGUGUACAUGGAGCUUUUUUCUUCUACUGGUGGUCGUAAGGAACUCUUUGCAGCUGAGAUGCAUUUGAAGAAUACUAUUAAACAGGGCGGGAGUUUUUCCGAAAUGGAAGAGUUCAGGGAUCUUCAGGCUUGUCUUGAAGAGGUGCAGAUGAAAUUGCAAGCAAGUUCGGCGUGUUCUGCUUAGGUAUCUGACCUGAGAACAUCUCUUUCCGGAAUCUUGUUCACUUUCUGAUGAUGGGACGAAACCACUAGUACGGUGUUGCAUUUCGUGGAUAUGUUAAGGAUCGUGCAGGAUUGUGAAGUGGUGGUGAAAUUUUUCUCUUUGAUUGCUAUCCUUCCAAGUUUUGCCGUAUGUCCCCGAAAUUGAUAGAUUGGGGGAAUCUAGAGCAUAAAGGUAAGAAAAAAACACAUGACAGCACCAAAGGCAGCACUUGAAAAUUAUCAUGACUGCGAAGAGGUCCUCCCUCUCGAGUAUGUUUUGGAAAAUCGCAGCUGAAUAGUCGAGUCCCGUUAUUGACAAGCUUGUGGAAGCUUAUUGUUUAUUAUGAUUGUGGUGAGGAAAUAAGAAAUAUUUUAAAUUCAAUUUGAAGAUGGCCUUUGCUCUC